UACAAGAGCGCGACGCCAGCGCGCCACAGGCCGACAAUCCCCCGUCAUGUCUCACAGCCUCCAGCUCCUGCUCCUCAGCUGCGCCUGCAGCCUGGCGCCAGCGGCUCGGGAAGUGAAGGUAGCUUGUUCCGAGGAUGCGAACUUGCCUUGCACCGCCCCGAGGGACCAGCAGGUCCCCUACGCCGUCUCCUGGGCCAAGCUUACAGAAAAUGGGGAAGAGAGGAUAGAAGUGCCCCAGGAAGAUCUGCAGAACUAUCACCAGACGGAGCAGAAGGACCCACUUGGGGCCUCCAGUGAAGGGCUGUAUUCCCUGAAGAUCCGAAACACCACCAGCUGCAGCUCAGGCACAUACAGAUGCACUCUGCAGGGGCCGGAAGGGCAGAGAAACCAAAGUGGCACCGUCAUCCUGAAAGUAACAGGAUGCCGUAAGGAGCACAAGGAAGCAACUUUCCAGAAAUACAGAGCUGAGAUUGUAUUGCUGUUGGCUUUGGUGGUUUUCUACUUAACACUCAUCAUUUUCACUUGUAAGUUUGCACAGCAACAGAGUAUCUUUCCAGAGUUUUCCAAGGCUGGCAUCGGAAGAGCUUUUCUCCCAGUCACGGCCCCAAGCAAGCCUGUGGAGCUAGUAACUCUUCCCAACACAGAAGUGGUAUGAGCAGCGUUCCUGCAGGUCGUUUGUCCUAAAGCCGGAGGCCGCGCGGUGUGCCUGUGCCACCCAGGACCGAGGGGGAACGCGCCCCACACCGAAAAUGGCAGCCUUCCUGGGAGGUCCUUCGCCUGCCAGAAACAUCAAAGGGGAUCCCACCACACUUCCCGUGACCAGGAUUUUGAAAACUGCCAUGUGACCAUGGCCGGGCCACCCGCAGGGGCCUCUCUAGGGCUGCUUGUUCACAGCCAGCGGCACAGCGCUCUGUUCAGCUAGCUGGUCAACCUCUUCAGAAUUUCCUCAGUCACAUAAAAGCUACGGUGAGAUGCAGUUGGAAAAGGGUCCUGGGAAAUAUGAAUCUCCAGAGCUGGCCCUGUGACAGACUCUUGAGGACAGCCGCACAUCUGGGAAACAUCUCUUUGAAUCUGCUCUUUCUUGUACUAGCCCCGAUGUUUUAUUUCUGGGAGAAAUGGACAGGCCACGCUGUGAGACAGUGGGAAAUGCUUAGCAAAUGAUUUCCCGGUGCGAAGUCCCUGCCAUUGCUAAGGAAUGUUAUGUAUACAUAGAAACAUCAGGUUGGUGAACUGUUUCCCAACAGGGCCUUUUCCUCUGGGAAAGACAUCUAUAAAGAAGCAAUAGAGAAGAAUGCCACCUUUAUUUUUAUAUGUCUGUAUGUGCUUGUCGAAGAAGGACUAGUGUUUUUCCUCCUCCUGGAGUCUGUAUCUACAGUUAGAUGGCGUUGCUGCCUGACAAGCAGCCUGACUGUGGAGGGUGAGAAGACAUCAGAGGGGGUGACGAUGGGACAGAGGUCUGAUUGGUGACCUGGCGGAAAUGCUGGGCCAGUCAUACAGUCUGGGCUCUAGCCUCAGUUGUCCCACUACCUGUGUGAUUUGGGCAAAGUCCUGUGGUUUCUACUGUCUCAGUUGUAAGCCAAAAGCUUUUCUAUGAGUUGAUUGAAAUGCUGUGUGGGAAAAUGCUCUAAGAAAGUAUAAAGCACUAUAGACAUUUGAAGCUCCAUGGAGUCAUUAUCCUUCUUACCGCAGCGGUGUUCUGCCAGGGAGGAUGACUUUCACUUUUUAGGUGUUGCAUCAUCUCAAACAAAAAUUCUCGAAGCCGACUUUCCCGCAGUCUUCUGCACGAGUUCCUCUGGGGAAGCGAGGCGGCUCCGGGGUCUGUUCUUGAAGCACCGGCCGAACGUCCUUCAGCAGCCGCCGCACGUGGGGAGGAGGGAAGUCACAGACGUUCCAUUGAUGAUUUGGCAAGUGUGCGUCUCUGGCCUUUUCCAAACUCGUUUUCCAAACAGGUUUUACCCCGUUAGCAGUGCAUUGCCCACACUAAUGUCAGAGAGUAAAGGGGAUACCACGUUGAUUUAGGGUGUUUGCCUCUUUGUCACAGCUUUCAUGUUAUUGAAUGUAUCAUGUGAGCAGGUAGGGUAUUUUGUUUUCAUAUUGAAAUACUUGUAAGACUUUGGGAUGAGUGCUACGAUGUCUGCAAACUAGUUUGAGAACCCAAAUCCCAGGUAAAAUUCCAGAAAUGAAAGAUGGGCCGAGUCCUUCCUCUGCGAGGGAGGACAUUCAUGACAGGUCGGCCUCUGUUAAAAGGCACCCCCUUCUUCCCAAAGGUGCCCCUGAAUCCAUCCUAGCCUUGCCCUACCACCAGGUAGUACAAGGUCAGCUUGCCCACGUGCGUGACUGCAGGUAGGAGGGAUGGAGAAGGAAGGUUUCUGUUUCAGGAGGGUGUGUAAGUCAAGGGCUCUGUACCUGGGAUUCAUGGGGUUUCACUUAAGAUUCUCAAGUAGGUCCAUUGCCCCCUAAAUGGUAAGAAGUGCCAUUGGUCGCAAUCGCUAUAAAAGCAUCCUAGGUGAAUCCACUUUGGAAACGGCUCUUUGUAAAGAUGAAUGCCCGUAACAUGUCCAUAAAAGCUAUAGAUUCCCUUUCAGUGGAAUCUAUUUAUCAAAAAUGCUGGGGAGACUUGCUGAGGGAGUCAUGCUGCCUUCAGAGGGUUAACUCACGGCAACACUAACGCUUCGCAGCAAUAGAAUUACAUACCCAGAAACUAGGGGGGGCAGCCCUUCAUCCGUUAGGACUGGCCUACGCUGAAAACUUAAUGGAAAUUUGAGAUUGGGUGGACUCAACAUUUCUUAUCUAAUGUUUGGUAUAAAAAAUCUCAGAGAGAGAGAGAGAGAGAGGGAGAGAGAGAGAGGUGAGGAAGGCAGAAUUUACCAGGGAGAGGGAGUGUUCUCCAUGUCUAUCGUAUUUCAUAGGAAGGGAGGUGAUCUCGCACCGUAUUCAUUUGUUUGUCUCCACUGCAGGGACACCUUUGUUCUCAGAGACUUCCUUUGUCUAGGAAUUAGAACCACAGUUAUCAUUUAACCUUGUGAUGUUGCAAGACACAAAUACAUGAAUAUCAGCUCCACCUUCUUCUAAAAGAAGGCCUGGGAUUUCUGUCUUCGUCAGUCCUUAGCCGGGUCCUCACAGGAGGCACUGCGCUGCACUCACAGAGCCCAGCGGAGCCUGGUGGUCUGCUGGGUUUGCCAGGCAGAGGUGCGACAGCGGCCCGUGGACGCAGAGAAAGGCGAGCCUCGUGUUUGACCCCACGGCACAGGCAGAGUUGGGAUCUCAGAACAGUUCUGUCUGAUUCCCUAGCUCUUGCCUCACCGGCAAAUUUAUUUGUCCACAUUAACUGGCUAAUUGUUUCAUACUCCAUCUUUUCCAUGUAAGAGUAGCCAAAGGCCAAAAAAUCUUAGGACAGAAGCUGUUUGCUUAAUUCAACCACAAUUGUCCCUACUGAUUCUGCAACUGCUUGUUUUACCUAAUGGGUUGGUUUUAUCUAACUGGUUGGUGAGGUACAAUAAAUCAGUUAUUUGGUCAGAGUCUAUUGUUGCUAUUUAUU